GCUGCUAAAUUGUGAAGUAUGCUGUAUUUAUAUUUAAUAACACUUUGUAUCUCAGUGACGCCCCUAUUGGGUUUCUCUUUGAUCGGCAUGUUACCGAACAGAUUGCUAAAAGGAUGUGAAAGAUACUGUUCUGGACAACAAAUUGGUAGCCCUGAGAACAAAUCGAACAAAUCGGAGAAAACCGAUACCCAAAUAGCAUGGGAAAGGAUUGAGAACCUAAUGUUGAUCCAACAGGACAAAUUUCAAGAGCUUGAAAGUAACGUAGUGAAGUCCAUUCUGGAGCUCAGCAAUUUAUUGCAGCAAAAAGUCAGUGGCGACCGAAGCAGUUCAGCAAAUAUUGAUGAUAAAUUGACUUUCAUACUCGACAAGGUGAUACAAAAAGAGACAAAAUGUCCGCAACAAGUGAAAGCGGAAGUGCGACCAGAAUUAUAUCGGCAAAUUGGAUCCAAUUACUAUUAUAUUGAAAACCAAGUUAAGCUAAGCUGGUUCGGUGCUGCUCACAGGUGUGUUGACCUAGGUGGUCAUUUGCUUAAUCUGAAAAAUCAGGCAGAAUAUGAUGCACUACGACAACAAUUGCAGCCAGAUCAAGACUAUUGGACUGAUGUCACAGAUCUUAAUGCAGAGAACGAAUAUGUCUCGCUAACAACUGGUCGGGUGGCAACAUUUUUAGUUUGGGCUCCUGGGGAGCCGAACCAUUUGAAUGCCAUCGAGAGAUGUGUCCAUAUCAAAGGGAGAGAACAGAAAAUGAAUGACAGACCAUGCAGCACUCCAUCUUACUUUGUGUGCCAGAUAUAAUCAUUUCGUAUCUAUUUGACUACGAUAUGGUUGUAGGACAGAAAUGUUAGCUAUAAGCAGAAUUUGUCAAUCAGAAUUUCCUUUCGUUUCGGUUCUGAUACAUUUUUUGUUGUACCGUCAUCUGGCAAAAAAUUGGUGAAAUAUAUCCUUGUGUCGAA